AUGGGCAGUUGCAAUUCUAUGAGCAAAACAAAAAACUCAAUAAAACCCCAAAUCUCACAAUCAAUCGACAAACGAGAAUUUCCCCGCACUGGGCUCGUAAAAAUUAAAAAAAGAAAUAAUAUUGGCAAGGUUACAAGUGUGCAUGACCUCAGUUUUGAAUUAACCGAACCAAAAUUUGUAAUUUCCAAGCUGCUCAAUCUAGGCGACCAAAGAAUAUGGGCAUCCGCUUGUAUUCUCCCUGGUUUUGAUCCCCACAAAGAGCAAGAUAAAAAAUGCCAGGAUUUUAGCCUUUUUGCCUGUGAUGGGGAGAGCAUUUUUCUCGCUGAAUUUGACGGGCAUGGGCCAGUAGGAGAAAAAGUGGUCGAGUUUUGUGGAAAUAUUGUCCAAAAUGAAUAUAAUUCAGCUAAGCUUUUAUAUCAAGUAACUGUUAUUUAGGCAAAUCCCCCAGACUUUUUGACAAAUAUAACACUUAAAUGUGAUGAAGAGCUCAGAAAACCUUCAAGUGGGAUCGACGUCACCCGCUCUGGCAGUACCGAGGUCCUUUGUCUUAUUCAUAACAACACGAUUUUUUCCGCAAGUGUAGGCGACUCACGUGCAGUUCUCGCUACCACCUGCCCUCCUCUUCGUCCUCCAGCCCCACAAGCAGCACUUAACAAAGAUCGCCAGCUAUUAGAAGAAGCCAAUAAACGUCGAAACAGCGUGGUAAACCCACUAAUCCACAGUGUGCAGCUUACAAAGGAUCAAAAGCCUGAAGAUCCUGACGAAUUAGCAAGAAUUUAUAAAGCUGGAGGAAGGGUCCAAAGACUUACUGAUGAGCAUGGUAAUAAAAUUGGCCCUUAUCGAGUAUGAGAAAUGAAUGCGAAUUCUCCUGGACUUGCUAUGUCAAGGUCUAUAGGAGAUACCAUAGGUUCAAGGCUAGGGGUUAUUGCAAGCCCUAUAACAACUGUCCAUCAUAUGAGUGUUGGGGAUGACUGCUUUUUGAUAGCUGCCUCUGACGGGGUAUGAGAUGUUUUUGAAAAUAAAGACGCCGUGAAUUUUGUGGAAUAUUAUAUACAAAAAAUAAUUAAAUUUACUAUUAAUGUUUUUAUAAAAAAAAUAGAGGGAUUUAUGGAUUGAAGAAUAGAAAUAAAUGCAAAAGAGAUAUAACUGAAAGGCCACAUGUAGAUAAAGUUAGCUAUGAAAAUACAUGUAUAGCACAUUUAUUAUGUGAAGAAGCAAGGAUCAGAUGAUAUGCAAUUGUUGGGGAGGAGGAUGUACUGAUUGAUGACAUUUCGUGUGUGAUUAUAGAGUUUAGAAGCGAAAGUGUAGGGAUUACGAGGGAAUCUGGAGUACUGCCUGACGCGAAUACGCAAGCUAUGAAUCCUGAAGAGCAUAAUCAGCUGAAAAGAGCUCCGACUACUCAUGAAGUACAAGUGAGAGACCCGAGAAGAGGCUCAGUUGUUACAGAUAGAAUUGAGCUUGAGUAAUUAAUUUGAUAUUUAAGAUUAUUGAAAACCCACUAUCAGAUACCCGAAGGCCCUUAUUCUCUUUCAUAUCACUCCACCGCUUGCUCGCCAGUCUGCAUAUUGCAUACUCUGUUUUACUCGUUCUGUACGACCUUCACUCGCUCCCCGAAAGUCAAAAAGUUUGUUGUUACUUUGCCACCCAUCAACAUAGGCUGCCUUCUAUUGAAAAUUCAAAGGUCGAAUUUUCGGGUCAGCUGUCGGCUAAAUGAAGACUCAAGGCCUAGGACAUAACACCUGGUAUCGCGCUGGGUAAACUUCCCGAUUGACUUAGAAAAGUCUUCAGGCUGGGAGAACCCUUUCCAACUUCAUGUCCCAAUUCCUAAUACAGAAAACUUGCCCCAGGAUUGGACAAUUGGCUGAUCAGCUCAGUAUUGCUAUCUCACCUGCGCCAGUAAGACUACCGGAUACACUUACCUGGCUCAGCGCUCCCUUCCCAAAAUCCCCAACAACAUGAGUUUAGAAAUCGAGCCACACCAUUUUAAUAUAUGCUAA